CUCAGGAAGGCGCCUGCCACGUUUGUCGCUAGGUAGGUGCAGAGCAAAAGCCUCCGUGGAGGGAGAUCUCUGGAGAUGGGGAAGCCCUGACGGUGGCUCAGGAUGGAGGUGCUGCCCAGCUUGCUGUCGGCAUCCUGCGAGCCACCAGGAUCCCCGGACUGCACUACAUGUGCACCCGGCCGCAGUCCCGCCUGCGCCACCUGCUCUGGAGCCUCGCCUUCCUGGCCUCUGCCGGGCUGCUGGCCACCAGCGCCGUUGACUGCCUGCACCACCUCCUCUCGCGUCCCGUGCACACCCGGGCGCACCUCACUCAAGCCUCCCAGCUCCGCUUUCCAGCCGUCACGCUCUGCAACCCCAACCGGGCACGCUUCCUGCACCUCACCAAACCCGACCUCUACUCGGUUGGGCAGUGGCUAGGGCUGGCCUGGGAGAACCACUCGCUGGUGCCCGAGAUGCUGGCUGUGCUGGGGGAGGACCGGCGCAUGUGGCUGACACGUCUUGCUAACUACUCACGCUUCUUGCCACCCCGCUGCUCUGAGCACACCAUGCAGAGCUUCUUCCACCGCCUGGGCCACCAGAUCGAGGACAUGCUGGUGGACUGCCACUUUCAGGGAGAGCUCUGUGGCCCCCAGCACUUCACCCCUGUCUACACACGCUACGGUAAGUGCUACACCUUCAAUGGAGACCGGAGGAACCCACGAGUGACACGCCAAGGUGGCAUGGGCAACGGGCUGGAGAUCAUGCUGGACAUCCAGCAGGAAGAGUACCUGCCCAUCUGGAGAGAGACCAACGAGACGUCAUUUGAAGCUGGCAUCCGGGUCCAGAUUCACAGCCAGGAUGAGCCACCCUACAUCCAUCAGCUGGGCUUUGGUGUUUCGCCCGGCUUCCAGACAUUUGUGUCCUGCCAGGAGCAGCGGCUCACCUACCUGCCGCAGCCAUGGGGGAACUGCCGGGCCAGUGUGCAGGGGGAGCAGACGCUGCCUGGCUACGACACAUACCGCAUUGCUGCCUGCCGGCUGGCGCGCGACGCAGCAGUGGAGGACAGCCAAGAGCGCUGCAGCUGCCCCACACCGUGCAACUUGACCCGCUAUGGCAAGGAGAUCUCCAUGGUGCGCAUCCCCAACAAGGGCUCGGCGCGCUACCUUGCCCGCAAGUACAACAAGAAUGAGACCUACAUCCGGGAAAACUUCCUCGUGCUGGACAUCUUCUUUGAGGCACUCAACUAUGAGGCCAUUGAGCAGAAGAAAGCCUACGACCUUGCUGGGCUUCUUGGAGACAUCGGGGGACAGAUGGGCCUGUUCAUCGGUGCCAGUAUCCUCACCAUCCUGGAGAUCCUGGACUAUGUCUUUGAGGGUGUCCGGGACAGGGUGAGCCGGGUCCUGGGACGCUCCAAGCCACCCCUGAAGAAGCCCUCGGGCAGCAUUGCCACGCUGGGACUGGAGGAGCUCAAGGACCAG